AUGACAUUUCACACGCCUUUUCCCCUGCUCCAAGAAGCCCAACGUCAAUAUCACGUCUGUGGCUCACCUUAUGAGUCCCCUCACAGCUCCUCCGACUCUGGCUACGGCUCGGCUCCCCCAACUCCAAUCACACCCCACAAGAAGAGGACUCUCAUCGAGGCCGACUACCUUUGGAGACUGGGCGAUAGGAAUCUCUCGGAUCAAGAAAACUUCUCCGAGUCUGACGAUAAGAACACAUCAGAUCAGGAAUACAAGCUAGAAGCCUACAAUGACAGGGAAAGACGUCCUGGUGCACCCGGCACAGAAGCAGUAGACAUCGAGUGUCCUGACGACGAAAGCCCUCGGAAGCGCCAUAAGCCCGCGACAUUACCCAGGAGCUCAGCUCGCUCUCAUUCACCUCUUCUGUCCUUCUUUACUUCCGACUCCGGCUCCAAGAUCCCGCGGGGCUUUAAGACCAGCCUAAGCCGCGGUGGAAACAGUUCGACCCGCAUUCCUGACCGCUUCAUCCCCUCAAGAACACUCUCAUCAAACACUGUCGAAAGGUUUCGCACCAGCAAGUCGCCACACGAGUUGACCACACCUGAGAAACUUCUUCGUCACAAUUCAGCCACUGAGGAUGCAUUUUCUAGUCAUCGAAGAGUUGUGGCGACCAACACCUUCGAUAUUGGACCGCGAUCCCGCUCAAAUAGAGCAGCAAGUCGGAACAGAGGCAGCGUUCUCGGCCCUGUCAAUACCAACGCAAGUUACCGCCAAGAUAGGCAAUUCAGCCUUGGCUCAAUAUGGGCCGUUGGUGGUCUCGCCCCGCCCGCAGAGACAGCAGUUAACAACGGCCGUGGCCAUUUGAUGAGGAGUGGUACAAACGCCAGGCUCUUUCGGACCUCAUUCCCGACCAUCAAACCAAAAGCCGAGGAAGAACUUGAGAAACACGAAGCCCGACUGGCAACUGCCUUGGGUCUUGAUCGCGCGGCCCGAGUUCUGGACGUCAACAUCAUUCCCCACCAAAACGAAAGCAAAGAGAAAAGGUCUAACAAACCACACACACAAUGGAACGGAACAGAAUGGGUCAAAGAAGGAUCGUCUCCAAGUGAGUAUUACAAAUUAAUGCAAAGACAGGACACAUCAGCUAACUCGAGUUUAGAGCAGCAGAAAAAGAAACAAGAGAACAGAUCAUUGCCGACCGCUCCUUUCAAGGUUCUCGAUGCCCCCAACUUACGAGACGAUUUUUACUGCUCAAUCCUAUCCUAUUCCGCCACUUGUCGGACUCUAGCUGUCGGCCUGGGUGAUCUUCUUUACGGCUGGUCGGAGUCCCGCGGAGUUCGUCUGCUCAAUGCUGGAACCCAGGACGACUGCCAUUUAACCAGUGUUGCUUUUUCUUCGGCAGAUGGCCACAAAGCUAUUUUGGCCUACGGUCGGUCUAACAAAACUUUAGGACUGAUGUCUUUGCUCGACGACGCAGAUCCCGCAACCUCGCGUGCUGCCCCAAUUCCGCGUUUUGAGGUUCUUCAUCCUUCACCUAUUGCUUGCUUGAGUUGGAAACCAUCAUGCACCAUGCGGCCCUCAGGCUGUCCCUCAACACCCGGCGUGCUCGUUGCCACUGAGGAUUUGCUUGUGGGAGAUGAGGCAGGUCGCGUUUGGUACUAUUCUGUUGAGUGGCCGGACAGGUGGGAAGUUGAGCGUCAUAACUGGCAAGGACAGCUGACGCUGCUGGCCCGCAUCGACGUACACUCUCAACAGAUUUGCGGCUUAUCCUGGUCACCCAACGGCGAUCGCUUUGCUACAGGAGGAAAUGACAACCUGUGUUGUCUGUUCGAAACGCAAAAGGUUCUAGACAUGAACUACGCACGCCGUAACAUGGGACGCGUACGGCACACUGAAGUAUCGCAGCACUCUCAUACGCAAGGAGAUUCAGAGAGUUCGUCAGCAACAGAGAUCGCCACAGAGAUCCGUACAACUCCCAGGCCCGCCAGCGUGAUUCCAGUCCUCAAGCCAGGAGACGAACGGUACAGGUGGCUGCAUAGAGCUGCAGUCAAAGCAAUUGCAUUUUGUCCGUGGCAGGAGGGAUUGGUGGCAACUGGAGGCGGAUCAAACGAUAAGUGCAUUCAUUUCUUUCAUACGACUUCUGGCGCCGCCCUUGCAACUAUAUCUGUGGCUGCGCAAGUCACAAGUCUGAUCUGGUCCACGACCCGACGGGAGAUUGCCGCCACCUUUGGUUACGCUCAACCGGAACACUCGGUGCGGAUUGCUGUAUUCUCUUGGCCCGACUGCCGCCAAGUUGCUGCUAUUCCCUGGGCUGGGGAGCACCGAGCUCUCUAUGCAAUUCCUUAUCCCAGCGGACCUAAUGAUGCUCGCAAAUCGGGGAACAGCGGAGGUAGGGCGCGAGGCUCCAACCGCACCGCGAUGGAAGGCUGCAUUAUGGUUGCAUCGAGCGAUAAGAGCGUCAAGUUUCACGAGGUAUGGACGGCGGACAAGAAAGCCACAACCGGAGGGGUGGGCAUGCUUGGUGGCAGUGAUAUCUUGGAGAGCUUGGAAGGCAUCGAUAGAGAAGGUGACGUGAUCCGGUGA